AUGACAGAUUUUUUCAAAACUUUAGAUUACCUUAGACGCAACCAGGUAGUUCUACAGAAAUUCAUUUUCUUAUGCUGGACAAUUUGGAAAGAACGGAAUGCUUUGAUUUUUUCCAACACCAAUGUCUCUCCUUGUCGUUGCUAUUUUAAAGCUUUCAAUACUUUCAAGGAAUGGGAGUUCAGGCUUCUUAUCGAUUCUCAUCAACUUAGAGGUACCCCUUUCACCACCCCUCCUUCACCAGCCAAUUUAGAAGUGGUCAUGCAAAUCCACUUCGACGGGUCAUGCAAAUCCACUUUAGCGGCAGGAGGAAUCAUUAUCAGGGACAGUAAUGGAAAAACAAUUGCAGCCAAGUCUUACAAUUUUGGCAAAUCGCAAGUUUACAUGGCAGAAGCACUAGCGCUGCACAAAGGCAUCCAAGAGGCAAUCAGUCUAGGUGUUAAAGACAUCCACAUCGAAGGCGAUAACUUACUUGUCAUCAACUCUCUUAAAGGUACUUGGAAUCCUCCUUUGAAGCUUCAAAACAUAAUUCAAGAUAGCAAGACUCUCCAAACAGUGAUUACUUAA